AUGGAUAAGUCAUGGAUGCAUGAGGAUAGAAGAUCGAAGGCAUAUGAGUUAGGUGUGGAAGGACCACUUAUAAUUAAUGGAAUUGACCAAAACUAUAAGAUUUGGACAUGGCACGGAGAACCUUUGGAAUGGACUACUAAUGCUAGUAGAAAUGUGGAAGAGGAUGAGCAAUGUGGGUUCAGUUUUGUUUCUGAAGAAUUAGGGAUGGAUGAUAAUGAUUUAGGCGAUAUUGGAUUUGAUCCUUAUGAGUUUGCCAAUGUGAUUGGGGAUGGAGAUCAACCCUUGUACCCUGGUAGCAGAAAUACACUACCUUCCUCUAUGUAUGAGGCCAAAAAGACAUUGUCUGCUUUAGGGAUGAGUUAUGAGAAAAUCCACGCAUGUCCCAAUGACUGCAUCUUGUAUAGGAAGGAUUAUAAAGAUUCAACUAAUUGUCCUACUUGUGGUGUCUCAAGGUGGAAGGAAGGCAAAGAUUCAAUCUUGAAAGAGGGUGUGCAAGCGAACGUGGUGUGGUAUUUUCCUCCAAUUCCAAGGUUUAAAAUGAUGUUUCAAUCACAUAAGACAGCUAAGAGUUUGACUUGGCAUGCUGCUAGAAAAUCAGUUGACGGUCAAUGUCUCAUCCAGCGGAUUCCCCGUCUUGGAAACUUGUUGAUGAUAAAUGGCCCGAGGUUGGUAAAGAGCCGAGAAACUUGA